CCUGCGUGGAGUGCUGGGACCGGGCGUGUACCUGGUUCUAGUUCCAGUUUAGCUUCGGAGGAGUGCAUCUUUCACUCACGAAGUGCACCGUGCAGAAGCCUGCCGUUUCCACGCCCAGCCUGUUAGGUGCUGCCCUCCGCUAUCAUGUCCAAGUCUUUGAAAAAGUUGGUGGAAGAGAGUCGGGAGAAGAACCAGCCGGAAGUGGACAUGAGUGACCGCGGCAUAUCCAACAUGCUGGAUGUCAAUGGCCUGUUCUCCUUAGCCCAUAUCACACAGCUGGUCCUCAGCCACAACAAGCUAACAACUGUGCCACCAAACAUAGCAGAACUGAAGAAUUUGGAAGUGCUUAACUUUUUUAAUAACCAGAUUGAGGAGCUGCCCACGCAGAUCAGCAGCCUUCAGAAACUGAAGCACCUGAACCUCGGCAUGAAUAGACUAAACACUUUGCCUCGAGGAUUUGGCUCUCUCCCAGCUCUUGAGGUCCUUGAUUUGACUUACAACAACUUGAAUGAAAAUUCCCUUCCUGGAAACUUCUUCUACCUGACCACCCUGCGUGCACUCUAUCUAAGUGACAACGAUUUUGAAAUCCUGCCGCCAGAUAUCGGGAAGCUCACGAAGUUGCAGAUACUCAGCCUUAGAGAUAACGACCUGAUCUCGCUGCCGAAGGAAAUCGGGGAGCUUAGUCAGCUUAAGGAGCUCCACAUUCAGGGGAACCGCCUGACUGUUCUGCCCCCAGAACUAGGAAACCUGGACCUGACCGGUCAGAAGCAGGUGUUCAAAGCAGAGAACAACCCAUGGGUCACCCCAAUUGCCGACCAGUUCCAGCUCGGCGUGUCCCACGUUUUUGAAUAUAUUCGUUCUGAGACAUAUAAAUAUCUCUACGGCAGACACAUGCAGGCAAACCCGGAACCACCGAAGAAAAUAAUGACAAAUCGAAAAAGAUCAGCCGGAAGCCCCUGGCAGCCAGAACAAAUAAGGGGUUGGCAUGGGCUGGACUUCUGGUCCCUUUUCUCAUUAUUGCUUCUGUUCUCUCUUGCUCUGUCCCCACAAAUAAAUACAGCUAACCCUUGAACAAUACAGGUUUGAACUGAGAGGGUCCACUUAUACAUGGAAUUCCUUCCAUAAAUACUAGAAAUGUAUUUUCUCUUCCAUAUGAUUUUUUAAUAAGAUUUUUCUUUUUUAUUCUAAGAAUUCAUUAUAUAAUACAUAUGACAUGCAAAUUAUGUGUUAUUAAACUGUUAUGUUAUUGAUAAGACUUCUGGUCAACAGGAGACUAUUACUAAUACAAUUUGGGGGCAGUCAGAAGUUAUAUGUGGGUUUCCAACUGUGGGGGUUGGCACUUCUAACCCUGGUGUUGUUCAAGGGUCAUCUGUACAAUGUGUGUGUAUGUGUGUGUGUGUGUGUUUCUUUCUACCUGUCUUCCUAGUGCCCUCCUCCUUACCUUUUCAUUUCUUUUGGUAAGUGGCAGAUUUGUAAAAGUUUUUAAAACCAUUUCCAUUUGUUUUCUUAAAAUUACCAAAGACAGGAAACAGAGCUCUAAUUCAACUGCAAAUUCCAUAGCAGGCACAAGCUUCGGUUCCUUGAAUAGAUGUUCACAGAGCAGCUUAUUAUCCAAAGAAUAAUUAAACCAUGUAAUCAUUUAAAUGUCACAGUUAACACUGUUCACUCUUCUGUUUAUUCACAUAACUCAUUCUUUUGCUUUAUUAAAAAUUUUCUUAACCACUGAGAUAUUAUGUUAACUUACAAGUGAUUUUAAUAAAAUCUUGAAUAUGUA